AUGCGCAGAAGGCUCGCAGUGCAGCAGCAGCAAGAGGCUCUUCACAUCCGCAGCCUUCUGCCUCCCGGCUCCGACCCGAAGCUGAUUGCGCCUCCCCAUCCUUCCCACCAGAGCCUCGCGCAGCAAGCCCGCCGUCACUUCGCGUUGUUUGAAAGAGGCGACAAGACUGCAGAUGUUGCAGCAGCAGAUCCGCAGGCAGCAGCAGCAGCAGCAGCAGCAACAGCAGCAGGCCCCGCAGCAACUCCUACAGCGGGCGGCGCCGCUGCUGCUGCUCCUGCAGCAGCAACAGCAGGAACCACAGCAGCAGCAGCAGCAGAAUCGCCAGCAGCAGCAGCAGCGACUUCGCCCGCAGCAGCAGCAACGCCAGCAGCAGCAGCAGCAGCAACUUUGCUGCCGUGGCUGCAGCUAGCAACGCAUGCGCUGCAGCGGGGAAGGCAGCAGCAGCUGCUGCUGGGGCCGCAGCAGUUCAGCAGUUGUGGGGUGAUGCCUCCCCAUCCCCGGAAGCCUCAGCUGCCUGAGCAGUACAUAUUGGCGCUGCAGGGCCGCAGCAACGAAGAAGCUGCUUCAGAAUCGAAGCCUGCAGCAGCAGCAGCAGCAGCAGCAGCGGCAGCAGUAGCAGCACCAGCCACAGCAGCGGCGCAGGCAGCAGCAGCAACCGCAGCAGCAGCAGCAGCAGCAGCAGCAGCAGCAGCCCCAACUGCAGCAGGCUUGCCUCAGGACUCCUCACCAUCGGACGCAGUCAGAGAGCAGCAGAAGAUGCUCGCGCAGCAGCCGCUGCUGCAGCAGCAGCCAAUGCUGCAGCAGCAGCCAAUGCUGCAGCAGCAGCAGAUGAUGCAACAGCAGCAACUACUGCAACAGCAGCAACAACGCCCUGUUGAGUUUGCGACAGGCGGCUCUAUGGAGGGAGAUGCAGCAGCAGCACCUGCAGCAGCAGCAGCAGCAGCAGGCGGCCCGCUUUUGCCGCCGCAGCAGCAGCAGCUUGUCCCCGAACACAUGCAGCAGCAGCAGCAGCAAAUGGCUCGGGUGGUGCAGCCUAUUCAGCAGCAGCAGCACAUGCUUGCAGCGAGCGGGCCGUUGCAGCAGCAGCCGCAUCUUUUGCCAGCAGCAGGGCCUCAUCAGCAGCAGCAGCCGUUGCUGCAGCAGCAGCAGCAGCUGCGCCAGCAGCAGCAGCAGCAGUGGAUUGCAGCGCAGCAGCACGCUGUGCCUAUGCUGAUGCAGCCGCAGCAGCACAUGCUGCUGCAGCAGCACCAGCAGCCUAUACCCUAUGGCAGCAAAACCCACACUGCGCAGCAGCAGCCGUUGGAGGGAGCCUACGAUCUGCAGCAGCUGCAGCAGCUGCAGCAGCAGCAGCUGCAGCAGCUGCAGCAGCAGCAGAUGUUCACGCGCUCGCCGUAUGUGCAGCAGCAGCCGCAGCCCCAGGCAGCUGAGGACGUUGCAGACGCAGCAGCAGUAGCAGCGCAGCAGCAGCAGCAGCAGCAAUUCCAGCGCCCCAUGUACCUGCAGACACCGCAGCAGCAGCAGCUGUCUCCCUAUCCUGCAGCACAAGCGCAGCUAGCAGCAGCAGCAGCAGACGGCAGCAACCUGCAGCAGCAGCAGCAGGCUCUUGCUGGUGCGCCUCUGCAGGGCUAUGCCCCGCAGCAGCUGCAGCAGCAGCAGCACCAGGUCUAUCUGCAGCAGCAAGCAGCAUUUCAGGCUUCUCACGGCCACCAGAGGCACUUCGCGCCGCCACCGCAGCAGCAGCUGCAGCAGCAGCAGCUGCAGCAGCAGCAGCAGCAGCUGCAGCAACAACAGCUGCAGCAGCAGCAGCUGCACCAGCAGCAACUGCAUCAGCAGCAACUGCACCAGCAGCAGAUGCAUCAGCAGCAGCAGCAGCAGCUCAUGUGCCACGAUCAGAAUCCUUUUGGUGCGCAGCAGCAGCAGCAGCGGUUUGUUGCAGCAACACCGCAGCACCAGCAGCAGCGUUUCGCACCAGCACCAGCAGCACCUGGGCCUUCCCAGCAGCAGCAGCAACGGCUGCCCCAGCAGCAGCAGCAGCAGCUGCAGCAAGCUGCAUUCGCCCCGCAGCAGCAGCAGCAGCCAGGGUUCUACCCUGUUGCCAUGCAGACACCGCAGCAGCAAAUUAAUGGCUCAGCGGAGCUGCAGCACUUGCAGCAGCUGCAGCAGCAGCAGCUGCAGCAGCAGCAAAUGCAGCAGCAGCACGUACAGCAGCAGCACAUGCAGCAGCACCACAUCCAGCAGCACUUGCAGCAUCAGCAACUUCAGCAGCAGCAGUUUAGGCAGCAGCAGCUGCAGCAGCAGCAGCAUUUGCAGCACCAGCAGUUGCAGCAGCACCAGCUGCAGCAGCAGCAGUUGCAGCAGCAGCCGCAGCAGCUGCAGCAGCACCAACUGCAGCAGCAGCUGCAGCAACAGCCGCAGCAGCUGCACCAGCAAGGACUGUCCCCAGCGAGCCAAAGGCACCUAUCGAGCAGCAGCAAGAGCAGCAAGAGCGCGUCACGUUCCAAGAGGCCGCAGCAGCAGCAGCCGAAAGCUGCAGCAGCUGCAGCAGCAGCUGCUGCUGCAGCAGAGCAGCAAAGUGCUGUCGGUGCUGCUGUUGGCGGGGCGCCCCUGCAUGCAACUCAGGGAGCUGUUGGCGGUCUUCCUGCUGCUGCUCACCAGCAGCAGCAGCACAUGCAGCACCAGCAGCGGCUGCAGCUGCAGCAGCAGCACUUGCAACAGCAGCACCAGCUCCAGCACCACCGGCAGCUGCAGCAGCUGCAGCAGCAGCAGCUGCAGCAGCAGCAGCUACAGCAGCAGCAGCUGCAGCAGCAGCAGCUGCAGCAGCAGCAGCUGCAGCAGCCGCCCGAUUUCGCUGUUCACCCUUUUGCUGCACAGCCUGUAGGAUACGUGGACGCGCAGCAGCAGCAGCAGCCGCGGCGCUCAGGUGCUGCUCGUCCUGCUGGAGCUUAA